CAUGGAGGAGAAUGAGAUGGGACUGCAUGGAUUUCGAAUCAGUCAAAUUGCCUGGCUCCAGAAAGACAAAGAGAACGCCAUUGGAAAACAUGGAUCGCUUGGGAUCUGGUUCGACAGCCGCGAGGCCGCAGAAUGGCUAAUGGACCAUGGCCUGCUGGUCGGACGCACCCAUAUUGGCAGCGUGGUACCCUUCCAAGUGAAAGAGAAGAGGUGCUACCAGUGCCAAGGUUUUGGCCAUUUGGCAUGGGCAUGCAAAGAAUGGGCACGCCACCCUGGAAGCACCUCAACCAUCGAUCUCAUGGUCACCAACCACCCAGAGAGCGUCGUAAAAUGCCACCUGUACCAUGACCACUAUGGGUCGGAUCACCGGGCCACUUACUCGCAAUGGUCCCUUCAACCAGUAUGGAACGCAGAACCAAAACCUAGGAAGGCAUACGACCGAUCAGACUGGGAAAAGAUUGGGAAAUCAGUGCACGCUCAGAUGGCCCCUCUCUCUACAAUCCAGUCGAUCACAGAGCUCGAUAGAGUAGUAGAAAAGCUCAUCUCCUGUACAACAAAGGCCAUAGACCAACACACGCCAGAAAUGAAACCAUCACCGUACGCCAAACGAUGGUUCUCCCCAGAGCUGAAAUUACAACAAGGAGAGGUCAACAGGGCCCGUCGCAAAUGGCAAGAGAGCUGCGCCACAAGAGGCCGCCAACACACAGUAUUGAAUGCCCUUUUCCAAGACAUGCAAAGAAAACGCCACGCGUGGGCGCGAACCAUCGAGAAAGUCAAAUCACAACACUGGAAGGAGUUCCUUGAUAAGGCGGGAGAAGGACAUCUUUGGAAAGCAGCAUCAUACAUGAAACCGCGGGAAUCGUAUAGCUGUAUUCCACCACUAAAAGACGGCAUAAAUGAGGUGGUAGACAAUGCAUGUAAAGCCAAAUUGUUCAUGGACGCAUUCUUCCCCAAGAUGGCAGCACCAGAAGCCAUGGAAGACCCAGAACACAAUGAAGAAAUUCGAUGGGAUCCAAUCACUAAGGAAGAGGUCUACCGAGCCCUACAGCGCAUGAAAACCAGGAAGGCUCCAGGAGAAGACGAAAUCCCAACGCUGGUAUGGAAGCAAAUUUGGCCGUACCUCAGCGAAGAGAUCUUCCAGAUCUUCACAGCAUCAAUUAACCUCGGAUAUUACCCACAACAAUGGAAAAGAGCGAGAAUCGUGGUCCUCCGGAAACCGAACAAACCGGAUUAUGCCAUCCCGGGAGCGUACCGACCGAUCUCGCUCCUGAACACGCUUGGCAAGGUCCUAGAAGCGGUUAUUGCAAAACGUCUCUCUUACUACGCAGAGACCUAUAACCUACUGCCAAACACUUAG